UUCUUUAGUUGUCGUGGAAACGACUAGCUGUCUUCAGUAUUAUUGCCCGCGCAGGCACAGCCAAUCAACUAACGUUAGCUAGCUAGCUAGCUAAGUUAGCAACUCAAUGGUAACUUUGUAGUUGUAAGCUUAGUUAUUGCUAAAGCUAACUUUCUUUCUUGCCAGAUUUAACUAACGUUACUUGACAGAGUGUUUGUUUUGAGCAAAGACUAAGGCUAUUGCAAUAAACUCCUUUAGUUUACGACUCCUUUGCUUCAGAAUUUGGCGAGGAGGAAGCAUCAUGACCCAACAGGGAGCAGCGCUACAAACCUACAAUAAUGAGCUUGUUAAGUGUAUUGAGGAGCUGUGUUUUAAGAGGGAUGAGCUGAACCGUCAGAUCCAGCAGGAGGAGGAGGAAAAGAGUCGUCUGCAGCAUGAUAUCCGUAUCCUCACCGAGAAGCUAAGCCGUGUCAACGAGAGCCUGGCCCGGCGACUCGCUGCCCGUGCUGACUUUGACCGCACCAUCGCAGAGACAGAAGCUGCCUAUAUGAAGAUUCUGGAGAGCUCUCAGACAUUACUCAGUGUGCUAAAGAAGGAGGCAGGAAACCUGGGCAAAGCCACCGAACCCAGAGGGAAAGACCACUGACGUCUCAACUUCCUCCCCUUACCAUCUUAUCUAGAACUGUGGACUAUUUAUAUAUUUGCGUGUAUAUAUUAUGUUGUCUAAUUCUGCUCAUUACUGGCAUACACAUUUUAUAUGAAUUUAAUGAUUUUAAUAAAGGUUCUGUGAAGAUUCA